AUGAAUCAACCAAAGCAGAGGAGGCUGGAAGAGCCGAAGAAAAGGGUCUCUACCACCUGCACAAACUGCCGUGAACGACAUCUUAAAUGCGAUGGCGGGCCCGUCUGCUCGCGUUGCCGCGUGGAUGGUCGACAGUGCAUCUUCAUUCUCUCCAGGCGAGGGCGACGACCCAGUGUUAAACAUGAUACCAUAAGUAAUGCCGCGCAACUGUCUGAUUUGCGCAGUAACAGCAAGUCCGAAGGAGAUAAUGUGGAAACGGGAUCCGAAUCCGCCCUUCAUGAAGAGACGAAUCGGUCUUCCACUCGUUCAAGCUCGCAGCUCCGCCAAUGGAUGACAAGUGUGCCAGACCACUUUGAUUCUGCUGAUCUUCAUAAUACGUCGGAGGUAGACGACGUACUGGAUGGAUUUCCCAUUAUCAAACCAGCCAAGAACGCUCAUUCCGGCCAUUUGCUUGAUAUAUUUUACUCUAGGGUCUUCUUCUCCCAUCCGUUUGUCCUACCUCGCAAAUACCUUGUCGAAGAAUUUGAAAGGAGGGAUUUGGAGCACUUACAGGCCGCGAUUGAGUAUGUCGCAUCCUUCCAUGAUCCAGUCAUGCAGACGGACUAUUUCAGAAAUGCCGCCAACUCGGCAUUGUUAAAUAGAAGCCUUACUCCUGAUGUGUACAUGGUUCAAACGCUGCUUUUAUUUGCCAUUGCUUUGCACAUGGCAAUGGAAUCGAGCUUGGCGAGCUCCACUCUUUCAUCAGCCAUCGAGCUUGCAGUGGAGCUAGGCCUGAACAGCCGUCAGUUCAAUUCUGGAGAUGCCUGCUCGGUACACGAGGAGAGCUGGAGAAGAACAUGGUGGGAGCUCUAUAUUUUUGAUGGAUAUUUAGCCUCCCUCCGGCUGCAACCGCACUUCACAUUACACGCGAUUCCCUCAGAUGUUUUGCUACCGUGUGAUGACCUGGAAUAUUUAACGGGAAAAAUCCCACCCCCUCGCUCACUCGAAGAAUAUCAAACGAAAAUAUGCCCAGCAUUUUAUGAUGAUAAAUUCUCAUCAUACAAUUGCCGCAUAGAUUUUAUUCGUAUCUUUGGCCAACUAUACAAGCCAGAUCAACCAUAUGGGUUGUCAUUAUCCCCAUCGCCACAGUUAUCUCCUGCAUCCACAUCAAACUUCUCCAUGCCGCAAGCCAACGUUAUCGUGACAGAUUCUAAUGUGGCCCUAUUCCCAAACAAGGGUCAAUCGAGAACCAUCUCAAGUAACCGAUUAGCUCCCUUAGCAAGAUCUUGCUCCUCGUCUAUUCAAAGUUACGAUGAUUAUCAUAGCCAACAUUCAAGUAAGAACCAGCGAAGUACCAAUUUACCUGGACACGCGGUUCUUCAAAUCCCUGGGUCCGAUGAAUCGAAAUUUCCACAGCAGAACAUGGACCACUCCCCACCAACAGGAGAGACGAAUAUCUCUCCCGAGCCACAGUCUGCCCAAACAUAUUUAAGACGUCCCUUAAAGCGUGCGGGCAGCGAAUAUUGGAGCUUUAUCCCAUCGAAAUUUGGUAAAUCAUGGGAUGAUCUAUCCGAGACAAUCUAUGAUUUGGGAGGAUUUUCCGAUUCGCCAUAUUCAUCUACAACCGAAUCUACAAAAUCUAGCAACUCAGAACUGAAUAUCAGCUAUGAAACAUGGCUCAUAAAAGUCCCUCUAGACAAAACGUUUGGCAUCGUAUCUUCGAAUGCUCACUCAACACUAUAUCUCGGCGGCGAAAUUCAAAAACUCUUUGCAAUCCCCAAGGGCUGCGAAUUCUUCGGUCUAAACGGCGAGCAAAUGUCACCAUUUUUCUACCUCCCUUCCCGCUCCAACCCAAAGGAACCUCUGGCCCCGAAAUGGUGGAAUGCCGACUUCUUCAUAUCAGGAACCCGAACCUUGUCCCCAAAAAUCUUGUCCCGAUUCACCGGUCCCCUAGCCACCCUUCUCCCCACAGCAACACAAAUAAAAUACCCACACCCGUACUGGAUCGACACAGUCCCCAUUCCCCAGCUUCGUGACGCCAUCAUCCUCGCCAUUUAUCACGCGCCUCACUUGAUCGACGAGAUGGAGCUAAUCAUCGAUUUUUGUGACGCAGGGGGCAAGUUUCGAGGCGGGGGCCACUUCUGCGACCCAAGCAAUUGGGAAAUUGGCGAUAACUUUUGGCUCAAGUGGGGAUUCCUGAUAAGCCCCGAUAUGAGACGCCAGACAGAUCGGUGGAGGCGGUUGCGGGGUCUCCCUAGCAUUACGACAUCGGGAAAACCGGGAGAUAUAUCGAUAACUGGAAUACCGGGUAGGCGGUCGAAAGUUUUUGGCUAUGUACCAGAGGAAGUGUGA